ACCGGAGCCAAGAUGCAGAUCUUCGUGAAGACGCUGACGGGUAAAACCAUCACCCUCGAGGUGGAGCCCAACGACACGAUCGAGAACGUGAAGGCCAAGAUCCAGGACAAGGAAGGGAUCCCCCCCGACCAGCAGCGGCUGAUCUUCGCGGGCAAGCAGCUGGAGGAUGGCCGCACGCUCGCCGACUACAACAUCCAGAAAGAGUCCACCCUGCACCUGGUGCUGCGCCUGCGCGGGGGCAUCAUCGAGCCGUCCCUCCGGCAGCUCGCCCAGAAGUACAACUGCGACAAAAUGAUCUGCCGCAAGUGCUACGCUCGCCUCCAUCCCCGCGCCGUCAACUGCCGCAAGAAGAAGUGCGGCCACACCAACAACCUGCGCCCCAAGAAGAAGGUCAAGUAGAGGCCCUGGGGCUCUGCCCCGCGCGGCCGCGGCGCUGUGCCAAUAAAAGAUCUGAGUGUUCACGCCUUG